CUGCGAAGGCACAACGCGAGGACGCUCUCCGUGCCACCAUGUCAGCUCACACCAUCGAGUACGCAAAGUCGAACCGAGCGACGUGCAAAGGAUGUGGCAACAAGAUUGACAAGGGCGCGCUCCGGAUGGGCACCACCUUUGAGUCGGCGGCGGGGUACGACAUGACUCAGUGGCGCCACCUCGCGUGUGCCAAGAAGCCCAAGAAAUAUUUGGGCGCCGACGAGAUCGCGGGCUACGACUCCCUCAAGCCCACCGACCAAGGGCAGGUGCGCGCGUGGUGGGAUGACCCCGCCUCCUUCGCCGCCGCGCACAAGGACGCCGCCGUCGCCGACGCCGUCGCCGCCGCGCGCGCCGCCGCCGCCGCAGACGCCGCGCCCGCGACGCCGCCGGCAAAGAAGAAGCAGAAGGCGGGCGCGGCGGCGGCCUCCCCCGCGACCGGCCCCCGGCCGGCGGCGGCGGCGGCGGCGGAGGCGGCGGCGGCGGCGGCGAAGAGCAACGCGGCGGCGGCGGCGGUGCAGGACGAGGCGUCGCGGCGCGACACGUACACGGCGUCUUUCUCUGCGCUGUCUGCGGCGGCGCUCAAGGAGUGCUUGCGUGCGCAGAAGCCCGACCAGCUGCUCGGAGGAAACAAGAAGGAGCUGGUCGACCGCUGCGUCGACCGCAAGCUGUACGGUGAGGAGUGAAUGAGCGAGUAGUUGAUUCACUUGCAGCUCGCAGCUAGCGAAGCACCCUGCAGCUAGCGAAGCGAGCAAGCUCUGCGGUAGCCUGCUCCUCGCCUCGCCUCUGCCUCGCGCCCCUCCUCC